GCUCUCUAGUCAGGUGUGCAGAAAAGUGACGCUUAUGUUCACCGCCAGCCCACUGCUCCCUCUAGUGUUGGGGUGUACACAAUCUCUUAACCAUCCGUUUUGAUCUGUCCAGAGAGCGUGAAGAAGAUUAAGUCGUUGUUGACGUAGUGGGACACUGCGCCUGGUCUGAAGCAACUGCAUGUUUUUAUUUGAUUGGUGAACAUCUAGUAGCGACCACGAGAUGAUGAUGAUCAGAGACUUAGACCAGGAACGAACUGUCAUUUUAUGUGGAUCGUUCCCCGUAUUUACCCUGAUCACAAAUGAGCUAUUUUCUCGCUGCCAAAGUUCAUUAGUCUUGAUCGCACCUGCUUACCUCAAAACACAAUGUCACUCAAAUAGGCCCUUACAAUUGAUCACAAAGGGUGUGACAAAAACUACAUCCUUUGAAUAAUCUCUAGGAAAUAUUUUAAAAGUUCUCCACUAAAAUGGCCAGCUUACGAUUAGAUCAGCUGUAUGUACCUUCUUCAUCUGAAAAAGUCAUUGACUUAGAGGCAGAACUAGAGCAUGAACUGGCAGAGCUGUGCUCUGAACUAGAAACCAAUGAAAUGCAUCAUGGGAUAAUACCAAAAAUUACAAGCACUGUUCCACUCCCUAAAGAUAUUGCUUACUUUAGGCAUGAGAGGUCACUGGUUAUACAGAGAGCCAUGCAGGUGAGUGAAGCUCAGCCUCUGAGGUCUCAAGCAGAAGAAAUGCAAAUGGAAAUGAGAGCAGCAGAGACUUGCGAGUACACAGAAGAGAGUCUGCCGCUUCUGCUUCAACAGUAUUUCUUGGACCGUAUCCAUAGUCUGGUGCAGAGUAAGCACCUGUACAUGCUGAGGUGGCGACGAUUCUGCGAACAUACAAGCACCAUAGAAAACAUGUACCCUCACUAUCACCAGUGCCUCACAGUUCUUAUGAAUGAGUACAAGGACUGCUUGCAAAGAGCGCAGCGGCUGUCCGCUGUGCGUGAAGCACAUAUAUCUGGCAAGAGUGACAUUGCUAUGCAAGCAGUUACCAUGGAAGACCUGCUUAUUUAUCUACGCUGGCUUGUCUGUCACUUGCAUGCUAUAAAACACUUCAAUCAGUAUCUUCGGGUUUUACAGUGGUUACCUAUCAGUCACAAGCUUCAGUUUGCCUCACAGGAUGGAAACGCUGAACAGGAGGAGGUUUCCAAUGCAUCCAAGAUUGCAUCUCGUUACCAAGAUGAAUCAACAUAUUCACAGAUCAGGCAAACCUGCCCACCCUCUGCUAGCGCACAUGAGAGAGCACAUUCUCCAGUGCCACCUCCUCCUCCUGUUAGCUUGGCUUUACUGAGCACAGCCCCUUUGCCAUCAUCUUCUAUGAUUUAUGCAGCUGCAGCCUCAGGAGGGGGUUUGGCAUCAAAUGAACAGACUCUUGGUCUGCCAAUGCAUUCCAGUGAUCUCAAUGUUCUGCGACCACAGCUUGCCUUCACUAUCAACCUUUAUGGCGUCAAUUUUGAUCUGAGCAGCAUCCACAGUACAGCAGAGGAGAUGGAGUUGUUUGCCCUUGUCAACCGCAAAUUCAAGCAUUUCUUCAUUAAACAGGAACAUCUGAUGACUUUUCGCACAUAUGAUCACGUGGAGUUAGGGUCAGAAAGUUGGGGAACAGACUCCUCAAAUCAUGCACUUCUGAAAGAAUGUAACUGGCUGCCCUAUGUGACCUUGACACCCAAGAAUGAUCCUUACCAGCAGAAGCGCUGGACGGAGCUUCGGCAGGCUGAUAAAACUGAUGAGAUUCUGCGCUACAAGGCACAUUUUCUUAAAGUAAAAGAUACAGAUAAAGUGCAGGCUGCCCUGAAAGAACAUGCUCGUGCUGUUCAUGACCCACCCCAAGUGCAAGCUGCAUCUGUCACCUCCCAUCACACCCCUAACCACACCCGUGAGACAUGGAAAAAGAUCUACAGCAAUUCUGACCUUUAUACCAACAAUGAAGUGGACCAGAGUGGAAACUUUCAAGACUUAGAUGAGAGAGAUGCCAAUAAUGCAAAUUUCAACACCUCAUCACGGUCUGCAAAUAUUCGCAAAAGCAGGGACAGCUAUGAUUAUGCCAACACAGUGCAGAUGCUGGGUCUUGAUGAUGGCGACCAGAGCAGUAAUGACCCUGUAACAGUGCAUGGGAGCUACCUAUCCUUUCUCCAUCUUCGUCAUUUGCGAAUUCGGGAUCUUCAGCGUACUUGUCUCAGUAUACUCAACUACUUUCGCUCAGUAGAACGAACACUGACCAUCAAUGAUGGAGGGCUUUCUCUUGAAGGUGAUUCAGUUAAAAGAAACUGUGUCCCCAAUCAUCGCCAAAACACUGAGAUGGAUGGUACCUUAGGAGGCAGUGGAGGGCUAGGCUCUCAUGCCUAUCUUCACAAUACACCAGUAGAUUUCAAGGUCAGUGAAGUUGAGUUCAUGGAGUUUGGUGAUGUGGAGAAUCAUGAUGACUUCUAUUCAGUAGAAGAGGGUCGAAUCCAUGUUCAAGACCAACAGGGCUACUACAUAAUGUACAGUGCAGCCAUAGAUGACAUGAGAAAUCUGGAGAAAGAUUUGUUGCUGAUGGCAACUCACUUCAUAGAGAAAGACAAGGAGCACCGUAUGUCAGUGCUCCGAGGGUCAGAAUCCAGCCGCCGUGGAAAAACGAAUGCAGGAGACUUCGACAUUGCCAGCUAUGCUCAUCAGGAUGUUGAUAGAUUUGGCAUUCUCCUGGAUGUUUGGACCAAUGAAGCAGCAUUUCUUGAGCGCAAGAGAGAGCUGCUGGAUUGCUACUUCGAGGCCUACCAGCAUGUUACUGACCGUGAUGAGCGUCGUGGACUUGCCCAAACAAUCACCAAUGUCAUGCAUCGAAGGCCCCGCUUUGAUUUUCAAGCUGCCUAUUUUGUACGGACUUACAGGACUGAAUGUACCAUACUUCAGCUGGAGUCUCGACUUGUAAAGAGUAUUUUAGAUAAGCAGAUAGAAGAACAGCGUGAAUACACACAGCGUGUUUGCCGAGAGGGAGAAGCACUGUUUGGAUUGCCCAGCCGUGUUAUUCCUAAACAACCCAUCUCUGUCAACCUCAGCAGGCCUGCUUUGAAAAAUGUGUACAUGCUGGAAUUCCACCCUACCCUGGCCAUUGCUCGUCAUAUUCCUGAGGCCAUUCAGUAUGCAAACUGGGAGCUACAGCAAAUCCACAAGCCAGAAACAAUUCACGACAGCUUAAUGCUGGAGAAACAACUUUUCGAAGUUGCUCAGAAAGAGUGGGACAACAUGCCAGGUCCAGGGAAAUCGUAUUCAGCACAGAUGGACAAAGAUCUGUUCUCUGGCACCUACGUAGAGGACCCUUUGUUCAUCUGUGAGCUUGCUCAACACUUAGUGGCACAGCAAGAGCAGCAGAGUGGGACACGGAGAUCACACAAAGACAGACAGCUAGGCAUGCUGCAGGCUGCAGGAAGGGUUAUGGAGACUGUGACUCUUCGCUAUCGUUUGAUUGAUGCAGCUUGGGAAGCAGCGCUUUUGUCAGAAAUAUAUGUGCGCCAGGCAAAGGAUAUGGGGUAUGAUGCUGCACACCUGAACCUGCGUCUUGUGCAGUUUGAAUAUGCAAGUCAUCGUCCGGCAGCUGCUAAACCACCUCCCAUCUUCAUCACAGCCAUUCAGGACAACGAUUCAGCAGUAGACAAAUACAGUCCUUCUCAUUGUAACCUUGGAAUUCAUGAACUGGAUGAAAGCCAUGUAGGACGAUUUUCAUUCCGCUCACGGGAUGGAUUGCUUCAGGUUUUGCGACCUGGAGGAGUUGAGAGUUUGCAAGUUGUGGUGAAAACACAGGUAGUACACAAGAACGCACUAACAGCUGCCGUGCUACAAGCAUCCACCUGCCAACCAGUCCGACCCCGUCAGGUUGGAAAAAGCACAAGUGGCAGAGCCAGUCCAACGGAAACCAAGAGUGAAAGGAGUUCACAGACACAAGCAACUGGGGUUUCUUCUGCAGGAGGUCCAACAUCCUUGGGCAGCCGUCUCCCAGGUCUACAGACGCAUGUACAAAAGGCACCUGAAGCCUUUAUGUCCCUUCAGUUGGAAAAGACACCCAGUCGAGACUUGAUGCUGAAUGACUUUGUUCAAAAGAAACAACAGAUGGGCAGUGUACUCAAAAAUCCGGAGGAGCUUGAAAAAUUGAAGAGGAAGGGCAUUUCAGAUUAUUGUGAGAGAUUCCACAUUCGCUUGUCACACACAUCAAUGCGAGCACAAUUGUUGGCCUAUUACAACAGUCUGUUGAGUCUUUGGAAGAGUUUUCCAGCAGUGAGAGACACCUACUUCAUUAUUGGUGAACCCAAUGAAAAAAAAUCCAACAUGGAUGACUUGGAGGGCUUGACACCUGAUCCCAGGACACUGAAGAAGCGACCUCGUCGCCUGCUGUCCCAAGAUGGUCGCCAUGUUCUGAACCUGUGGUUCAUCCCACACUACACCGAGGUGCUGAUCAUGUUCAAGCACCUGGAUGACGACGACUGUUACCGAGCGCUGGCGUUCUGCCUCACCAUCAUCUCCUCCCUACACGACCUGCUGCAGUACUUGUGCGCCUUCUCUCGCCUAGGCAGCUCGCAUGCGCGCCUGGGGUCACGGCGCGUGGAGUUCGUGUCGGCUGACUGGGGCGGCACCGAGGGCAUUGGUUCUGAACUGAGAGAGAUCCAGAAGCAUGUGGAUGUGCUGCCCCAGCCCACAGACCCUGACGCCGUACAGCAGUUGCUGUGGCUACGACGUGACGUCAUGUUUCUGGAGUUCGAAACGGCCGUGCGUCACUGCAUGACAGACACGUUUCUGUCGGCUGGCAACAUGCAGGCCUACCAGUAUCAACACAACAUGCGCCAUGCCCUGGCCGCCCUCAGUAACGUGCAGCGCCGGGGUCUGUUCUGCACCAACGUCACCAUUCCAGAGCCCCUGGAAGCUCGUGACAUUCGAGCGCAAAAACUCUUCCCUUGGCGGACCUUCUUAAACACUAACGGCCCUUUCCCAGGAAUGUUCUGGCAGUGGUCCCAGAUCUCGCACAACAUACAACUGUGUCUGGCUGGACUGCGGGAGGUGGACCGACACGUGGCCAACGGCGAGAUACUGGGGGUGACUUUGCUGAUGGAGGACGUUCUGCAGACGGGCUUCCAGGGCGCCAUCUUUCACCAAGAGCAUCAGGAACAUCAGCAGGCUGAGUCGCAAGCCUCGCACGUGCAGAGUGCGUCUCGUGAGCAGAAGGAGGCGACGAAGACAGUUGCGCUGAUGUCCCAGAAAAGUCUGUCAAGGAGCCAGCAGCCGUUGGAGUCGUACCGUCUGCUUCGCUUCUUCCUGUUACUAUGGAAAUGCUUGGAGCUGGCAAAGGCGGACUGGGGCCGGCGCAAACUGUCUGUGGAGUCCGUGUCGACCACCACACUCUACAGGGACUUUAGUAAGCACUACCGUGUGGAGGUGUUGGUACCAGUGCUACAGAGCGUGGCCCGGAGGCUGGGGCAGGGGGACAUGUACGACGCCAUUAUUCCAGAAACGGACAUUCUGGUGAUGCCGGCGGGCGCCUCCGAGAUCGAAGUUCGAGCCAAGCAGCUUGUUCGUCUGCUGGAGACACUGGAGUGUCACAUGAUCACUGAGGUGCAGAAGCGGGUGAACAAGGAACUGACCCUCGCGCUGUCAGAGAGGGCGCGGGGGGAAGGGGCCCUCCCAACGGACCUCUGGAAACGCGCGGUGAUGAAGGAGAGCUUCACAACCAACAGACCUCACUUGGCCGAACAGUUCGUCGACGACCUGAUGUCCAAGGCAGAUGAGAGCGAGACUCAGGUCACAGUCGGCCGCGAGCAUCUGCGAGGGUGUCUGGCCAGCCUCGCCCGCAGCGUCAUGGCUCGCGAGAAGCAGAACUACGAGAGUUACACAAUGUACUACGAAAACCUGCUUCGCGCGAACAACCAGCUACUGUAUCAGAGGGAACAGGAGAUUAAGCAUCUCAAGGACCAGCUUAAAGAGGCACAGCAGGCGACGACUGUAGAGGUCCAGUUUCAGAUGGCCGCUCGUACCCACGAUCUCAUUAUGGAGGUCACUGCUCUCCGUGCCAAGAUUCUGGAGAUGCGAGAACAGUCCAUGACACAAGAGCAAGACGUUCGGGAGCGCGUGAAGAGAGAGUUCAAGGACCUCGUGCAGAGCAUGUUCAACGCGCACUUCCAGCUUCGUGCUCGCUUUGACGAGUUCCGGGCCGGCCUUCGUGAUGACGUCAUGGCCAAAAUUAACGAGACGAGAGGGGAAGCUGUCCUCGCCAUGACCAAGCUGGCGAGAAGUUCGGCAGUGUUCCUGAUGAUGACUUGCAGGUGAACCAGCAGCGAGCCGAGAAGCUGCGAGACUUACAGCAGGAAAACCACCAGCUGUCCACGCUCUUGCUAAAGGUCAAGGCGAUGAACUCUUGGCGCCGCAACCACCUGACUGACAACUACCUGAAGACGAUCGUGGACCUGCGGAAGGAGGCGGAGGUGAGCAAGAAGGAGACCCUGGAGGUCCGCAUGCUGGCGGAGGAGCAGGUGGUGUUGCUAAAGCAACAAUUGGUGGCCAUCCGCCGCGCACCUGGCCAACACGGAGCGCG